AUGCGCGCCUUCCUGCCUUUUGUUCUUGUUUGCCUCACGUUUGGCACAGUGCAUGGACAAGCCAACAAUGACACCCAGACAACAGCACAGCCUUGUGCCGUACCUCUCGUUCCUAUUCCUCCUUCCUUCACCCCUUCCUUCAUGUCCGCUUGCCAUCCAACCCUCCGAUGCUGUCUUCCUUGUCCGGCUACCGACUAUCUGUACCCUCCAAACGUCAUUAUAGAUAAUCAACGCACAAUGGGCAUCUUGCGCAUCAUAUCGGGCACGGCUGCAUUCCUCGUCUCCGUCUCAUACCUUGUUCUCCCUGGCAAACGAGAACACCCUCGUGUCUUUGUGCUAUACAUCAGUUUCCUACUGGCAAUAUGGCACUGGAUAGGAAUGAGCUAUUUUUUUGGUGACAAAGGACACAAUGUCUUUUGUGCAAAGGACGGCGUGACGAGGGCGACUCUGGACAACAAUGCCUUUUGUGCGAUACAGGGCCUAACAAUGAUAUGGGCAAGCAUUGCUCUGACUUGCUGGGGACUGGUGGUCGUUUUGAAUCUGCAUUUGCAACUCGUGUGGUCAAACGCUGUUCUGGAGCGACUAAAGUGGGCUCCCCACUUGUUCUCCUGGGCCAUCCCUACCAUUGUAGCCGCUUGCGCGAUAAUCUCUCCUGCUGUCCAGUACGGUGGUGGAGGAUUAUGUUUUGUGCAAACAUACAAGGGACGGUGGAUUUUUUUUGUGCCAACCGGGAUCCUCUGUACUAGUAUCUUUUUGAUCCAUACUGCCACCACUGUGUGGCUAUGUCGGAAGGCACGCUGCUGCGGUAGAAGAAAGCGGAAACCUCUGCUCAAAGAAAUCGAAGGCGGACUAGGGAGUAUUCCUAGAGAUGCUGCAAACUCGACUCUUCUUGAUCUCGAUCGCAACUUGACGGGUAUACCAUCGACACCUCCGAAAGCGGCAAUCCUUAAAAGAACAAGCCGCGCGACGUUCACAGGCGUGAGCAAGUCAUCAGAUAGCUUACUUCAAUCGGUCGGCUCGCUCACUAGAAAAGUGUCAGUAAAGCUUUCUGGCGUAGGCACUGUUCAAAUACGACUCAUAGGUGUCGGAAUGAUCGUGGUUGUUAUCGCCACGGUAUACGGUCUGUCGUGCAGCCUUGACAAAACUCAAAUUAGCGGGUUUUUCAAAGCAAAGAAUGCCGAACAAACACCCGCCGAGGACCUUGUAGCCUGUAUGCAGACAGCCCUGACACAGCAACCGCCAUUGUCGAGCAGCCAAGUUUUUGACAUCUGUAAAGCUCUCAUAAAGCUAAAAAGAGGAGUGGUCUUUCCUAGUCCGGAGAGAUGGAUUGCAACCGAAGUCAUCCUCUCCCUUCCUGGCCUUUGCCUUUUGGUCAUGUUAGCGAAUAGUCUUGGAAGAGACUGGCGAAAUUGGUGGAGCACGAAACGUGACGCGGGAGGUGGUACGAGAGGGGACAAAGAUGCGUUGGAGUUGAGACCCUACAAAUGGGAACGAUCACCAUCGCCAACAUCAACGAGGUCCACAAAAGGGCUACUGCCACAAUCCGUUUCCCCACCACUCGCGAAAUCCCAGCUAUCCACAUCGUUUCCAACACAAUAUUCCGAAUCCCUGUCGGACCUUUCCUCAUCAGAAUCAACGUCACUGCCACAUAUCACCAUCCCAGCUGCUGCUAAAACUCCUGCCACACCCAACACAUUUACCUCACUAGUGCCGGAGACGCCGUCGACAGCCAUUGGCGAAUCUACCUCCCAAGGCACAUUUUCGACAAGUUCAGUUGGCACACCUGUUUUGGUUCCCUCGAGCUCAUCCAUUCCAGUAGCUCCUGGCUUUGAGCGAGUCGCACACGAGCCAACGAUAAGUCACCCUUCUGAACAGGAGGUGUAUGGACCAACCUUUUCUCCCUGGUAG